AUGAGGAGGGAUGUGCGAAUUCUACUCGUCGGCGACGAGGGCGUCGGGAAGAGUACCAUCGUCACCUCCCUCAUCAAGGAAUCCUUCGUGGCACAUGUUCAGCAUGUCGUUCCCGAAGUGACUAUUCCUCCAGAGGUUACCCCAGAGAAUGUCACAACAUACAUUGUGGAUUCAGGCAGUGGACCUCAGGAUCGACCACACCUCGAGUCUGAAAUUCGCAAAGCUCAUGUAAUCUGCGUGGUGUACUCGAUUGACAAUCCCAACUCGUUUGACCGAAUACCGGCGUAUUGGCUGCCAUACUUCAGACAACUUGGUGUCAAUGUCCCCGUCAUUCUCGUCGGCAACAAAAUCGACCUGCGUGGCGGAGAGGUCACUAACGAAGCGCUGGAGGACGAGAUUGUUCCUAUCAUGAACGAGUUCAAGGAAGUCGAGACCUGUGUGGAAUGCUCUGCGAAGCUCCCACUCAAUGUGUCCGAAGUCUUCUAUUUCGCACAGAAGGCGGUGCUUCAUCCAACUGCCCCUCUGUACGACUCUCGAGAUCAUGUGCUCAAGAAGGAAUGCGUUGGUGCCCUUCGGCGCAUCUUCAAGCUGUGUGACAUAAACAAAGAUGGCUUGCUUGACGCUUCCGAGCUGAACGAGUUUCAGCGGAAAUGUUUCGACGCCCCCUUGCAACUACAGGAGCUAGAAGGUAUAAGAGAAAUGGUUCGCGAACACGCAGAAGGUGGAGUGCGCGAUGGUGGUCUCACUGAGGCCGGUUUCCUCUACCUGCACACUAUCUUCAUCCAGCGGGGUCGCCUCGAAACAACAUGGACCGUCUUGCGUAAGUUCGGCUACGGCGAAGACCUGCGAUUAACCGAGGCUUUCUUGUACCCUAAGUUCGACGUGCCGCAUGACUGCUCGGUCGAGUUGAGCCCACUGGGCUACCAGUUCUUCACAGACAUAUUCGAGACAUUUGACAAGGACCAAGAUGGGGCGCUGAAGACGGAAGAACUCGAUGACCUAUUCAGCACGUCACCUGCUAACCCAUGGGCGGGACAGAAAUUUCCCGAUACGACUGUCGCAGACGACACGGGAGCUGUAACAUUACAGGGCUGGCUAGCUCAGUGGAGCAUGACGACUCUCCUCGAUCACAAAACGACCCUCGCGUAUCUUGCAUACCUGGGCUAUCCAGGCGAGCCACGAACCAGCGCACUGCACGUCACACGGCCGCGCAAGGUAGAUCGUCGAAAGGGCAAGGUGACGCGGAACGUCUUCUUAUGCUAUGUCUGUGGCGCUGCUGGGUCGGGCAAGACAUCUCUGUUGCGUGCUUUCGCAGGUAAACUAUUUAGUGAGAUAUAUGAGCCCACGAAGAAGAUGAACAGUGUUGUCAACUCGGUCGAUAUCGAUGGUUCCGAAAAGUAUCUUGUUCUUCAAGAGUUUGGCUCGAAGUAUGAGGCGGAGAUGCUGCGUAAUCCUAAGAAGACGGACCUUGCGGAUGUAAUGGUGUACGUGCAUGAUUCCAGCGACACAAAUUCGUUUUCGUAUAUAAGCAAUUUGCGGCAACAAUACAACCUCGACCAUAUACCAACCUUGUUCGUUGCAACAAAAUCCGACUUAGAUCUUGCCCAACAAAGGCAUGAGGUGCAGCCUGACGUAUACUGUCGGCGUCUGGGCCUCCAGGUGCCUGUUGCCGUAAGUGUGAGGACUGGCCAAACGGCGGAUGUUUUCCACGCUAUAUGCAGCAUCGCCAUGAAACCGAACAACGCGCUGCCAGGAGGCUCUGAUCGUGCAUUGACGGCAGCAGCCCGUCUGCGGACGUACAUCACAGUUUGCACGUUGAUUGGGGGACUCGCGACAGGGCUCGUGCUUGUAUACCGGACUUUCUCUCGACCUGGAGGGCCAUCCUGGGGCUGGGGGCAGUGGGCGAGCUGGCUGCUGGGCAGCUCGAGGAAGGAGCUAUAG